AUGUGGACGAAAGAACAUAUGAAUGACGAUAACAUACAAAUGAUUAUUUUUCUUCUUGUUUUCUUCUUUUCAAUUAAUAUAACAAAUGGAAUCAAUGAUACUCAAACGAAUAUUACAUUAUUUAAUAAUUCAUUACCGAUAGAAAAUCUUUUAAAUCAACAAUAUGAUAAUCGUCAUAUGUUAUCCAAUCGAACAAGUUCGAUUCGUCCAUGGAAAAAAUCGAAUUCGAUUGAAAUAUUAAAAAAAAUGAUUGCUAAUCGACAACGUUCAUUAAUCAAUAAUCGAACAUUAACAUCUACUAGUAUUACAACUCUUAUAAGUACUGAACCUACAACAACAACAAUCGCAACCACAAUGACAACAGCAACAACAACAACAUAUUUAUCUUCCAUAUCAACGCCUGCUAUUCGACUAAAAUCAAAAAAUGAUACAACACAUUCACCAAUAAUAAAAUCAUUUCCAGAAGAAACAAGCGCUAACAUUAAUUAUAUUCCAAUAACAACUGAAUCGAAUUUAUUCUUAUAUUCAUCAUCAACAUUAAAAACAAAUACAUCAUCAAAUACUACAAUACUUAUUAUUAUUCUUGUUUGUAGUUUUAGUGGUUUACUAUUUGUUACACUUAUUGUAACAUUCCUACUCAGACGACGUAUAAGUAUUGCUUAUUUUAAACUACCUUGUAUACAUUCGUCAUCGUCAACAAAAGAUUCUCAUGACAAUACACCAUUAUCUCAUUCACCGAUUCAUGGUAAAUUUACUGUACCUGAAGAAUUUCCAGUAGAACAAUUGUAUGAUAUGUAUACGCAAAAACAUACAUUAGAUGAUUUAGCUUUUGCUAUUGAAUUUAAAAGUAUUCCAAAUUUUGAAGAACUACCAUGUACAGCUGCUACUCGAACAAUUGUUGCAUCAAAAAAUCGUUUUCUCAAUAUUUUACCAAUUGAUGCUACACGAGUUGUUCUCAAUCUAUUGAAUGAUGAUCCAGCUACAGAUUAUAUCAAUGGAAACUAUAUUUCAGGUUACAAAUGUUUAAAUAAAUUUAUUGCUACACAAGGACCAAAACCUGAUACAUGCGAAGAUUUAUGGCGUAUGAUGUGGGAACUUAAAUUAAAAUCUAUUGUUAUGUUAACAAAUGUCAUUGAAGGUGCAUCACGGAUGACAAAAUGUCAUCAAUAUUGGCCUGAGCUUGGUGAAACAAUAACUUAUGGUUCAUAUCGUAUCACUUGUUUUGAUAUAGUAUCUGUCGGUGAUUAUGAUAAACGUUACUUUCAAUUAAUUAAAAUAAAUGCAAAUGAAGAAAUUCAUUUAAAUUCAUCCUCUAUUACUCCAAUUGAUGAUGCUGUAUCUUUAUCAACAUUGAGUUCAACAAAUGAAGAUCACCAAUCACGUCUUAUUAUACAAUAUCAUUAUACACAAUGGAAAGAUAUGGAUGUUCCAAGUGAUUCUCAUACAUUACUUCAUUUAAUACAUGAAGUCAAUGAACAAACAACUCCCGAACAAUAUCCUAUUGUUGUUCAUUGCACAGCUGGUGUUGGUCGUACAGGUACUUAUAUUGCAAUUGAUGCAAUGAUUGAUAAAAUAGAACAUGAAAGAAAAGUUGAUAUUUAUAAUUUUGUAUUACAAAUGCGUCGUGAACGUAGUUUAAUGGUUCAAACAGUGAGACAAUAUGUAUUUAUAUAUCGAUCGCUGCUUGAAUAUUAUUUGUAUGGAAAUACAAGAAUAGAAGCAAAUAUAUUUCGAUCAACAUAUUCAAAUUUAAAAAAAAAUAAACAAUAUUUAUUAAUAUCAGAAUAUAAUAAAUUAUCAUUAUUACCUGUGGAAAAUGUUUCACAACGUGAUGCUCAUUCAUCGGAUAAUAUUGAUAAAAAUCGACAUCCUCAAAUAGUACCAUAUGAUCGCAAUCGUGUUUGUUUAAGUCGUAUACUCGGCCAUCCUUAUAUCAAUGCAUCAUUUAUUGAAGGUUAUUCUCGUGAAUGUUCUUUUAUUGUAACUCAAGAUCCAUUGCCAGAAACGAUUCAUGAAUUUUGGCGAAUGUUUAUUGAACAUGAUUCGAAUUGCAUUGUACAGUUACAUACAAUAACUGAUUCAUCUCCAAAAUGUCCGAUAUAUUAUCCAAAUGAUUUUGAUACAACAAUGAAAAUUGGUUCGACAACAUUAUUAAAAUUAGUACAAAAAGAAUUAAUACAAGAGAAAAUAAUUAUUCGAGAAUUUUGUCUAACAGAUACACGUGAAGCAUUAUCAAAAACAAUUUAUCAUUUUGAAUAUCUUCUUCCUAUAAGUUCAAAUGAUGAAUAUGAGAAUGGACAAUGUAUUCCAACAAAUUUAUUAAGUAGUCUAUUUGAUUUUAUUGGUUAUAUCAAUAAAAGACAACAUACGACGAAUCAUGAUCGAUAUAUUACUGUUCAUUGCGGAAAUGGUGGCCCAUCGUGUUCACUAUUUUGUAUGUGUGUUAUGUUAUUGGAUCAAUUGAAAAAUGAACAUGCUGUUGAUAUAUUUCAACGUGUACGUGCCUUACAACGUCAACGCAUUGCUAUGAUAAUGUCUCUUGCUCAAUAUGAAUAUCUUUAUGAAAUGAUUUUAAAAUUUUUGGAAGAAUCUUUUGAUUUAGCCGCUGGUAAAUCUUCUCCGUCAUUAAACAACAGUGUGUAUGAUAAUAAUAUGAUUGAUCAAGAAGAUACACAUGAUCGUCUUUAA